AUGGCCGCGAUCGCGAAAGACGGGUUAUUAAAUAAGUUACCAAUUAUUGUGAUUUUGGGUGCGACUGGUACAGGAAAAUCCAAAUUGGCUUUGGAAGUUGCAAAGCAGUUCAAUGGUGAAAUCAUUAGUGCGGACGCAAUGCAGGUGUACAAGGGAUUGGAUAUAGUGACCAACAAAGUGACAAAGGAGGAACAGAAGGAGGUUCCCCACCAUAUGAUAGACUACCUCGGGCCUGGGGAACCUAUAAAGGUGGUGGACUUCAGGGAUAAGGCGCUUCGUGUGAUAGACGAUCUCCAACAACGCCGCAAAGUUCCGGUGAUCGCCGGGGGAACUUACUACUAUGUGGAGUCCCUGCUGUGGAACUUCCUCAUGGAUGCGUCUCCUCCUCCUCAGAAGCGGCCGCGCCUGGAUGUGAGCGGUCUGGGGAACCUGAGCUACCUGAUCGCCGACACAAUGGACAAUGUGAUGGUGGACCCAGUGGAGAAACUGGCUGCAGGAGACAAGGAGAAACUCCACCAAGCUCUGCAGAGUGUGGAUCCUGCAAGAGCAAAUGAGUUGCACCCGAACAACGUCAGGAAAGUUAUCAGAGGUUUCUGUGUGCUUCAGUCACACGAAGUCAAACUCUCUUUAGGUCACAAGAACUGGGUUGCUUAUAAAGAUAAAUUUUCGGGAAACUUGGAUGCUCCACCUUAG